GGGAGGAGAGAGGGAUGGUGGGACAGUGUGGACAGACGACAGUGAUGCACAGAGCCCGUUAACGGGAGCCGGUUACCGGGAGCUGUUUGAGCUGAGAGUUGGGACUGUGGUGAAGACGCUGCAGGUGUGUUCAGUGUUGAGGUGCUGCUCCAGGGUGUGUGUCUCCUGGAAGGUUGUGCGUCUCUGGGGAGCCAGGAUGGAGCCCAGCGCCAACGCCCCGCCGCCCGGACACCCACCAGCCACACGCAGCCGAGAAGCCAAGAAGUGGGUGCGGUCGUUCCCCAGCCUGCCCCCCCGGUCCCCCUCGCGGCCCCCCUCGCGCCCCCAGCACUCCCCGGAGAACGCAGCGAGGGAGCGGAGCCGCGUGCGUCACCUGCGCCAGGCCUUCCACAGCCUGCAGGCGGCGCUGCCCGCCGUGCCGCCUGACACCAAGCUGUCCAAGCUGGACGUGCUGGUGCUGGCUGCCAACUACAUCAGCCACCUGACGGAGACCCUGGACCAGGGCGCAGCGCCGGGGGAGCACACAGUGCCCCCCAGGCCUGGAGGGUUCCUGCACCCUGUCAAGAAGUGGCCCAUGCGCUCCCUGCUGUACUGUGGCAGUGUGGGGGAGAUACUGACAGGCGUGUCGACCAAUCAGUCGUCAGUCUCAGGGGAGGGGGAGACACACCCACUGACCCCUACGUCAGAGGUCAUGACAGAAUGAUCCGGAGCUCUACAUCAAACUUCUAGAGACUUCUGAGGGCUUGAGAUGGUUGUGAGUAAUUAUGUGUGGUGGGUCAUUGGGAUACAUGAAACCUCCACCAGGAUGACAGGAUUCUUAUCUGCACUGGUCUCUCAUCACAAGGAGCUGAGCAGGGCCUGUCUAACAUUAAACAUAACCUUCUACGCGUUAAAAAUGUACUCUGAACGUCAAUGUUACAAAAAUGCUUGUGCCAAAAACACUUUUUGAAGUCAUGAAGUCUGAUAAAUUAGACCAUGCACAUAGAAAUCAAAUAUUGUCAUACUCACCUAGGAGAUCUGCAGAAUUAGGUUGUUUUCACAUGUUAUGACUUUCAUUACAAUGUUAAACAAUCAUAUGUUUAUGUUUGAGAUGGAUAUUAAAGUGUAUGGUUAU